GGUCUAUUACGAAAUGCUCAACUUCGGAUUAGUUGGUAAUUUUUGCAAAUGUCUACAUAAAGUGGGAUUAAUUAAUAAAAAAACAUUAUUAUUAUUAUUAUUUUUUUUUAUGAAUUUUACCUUUUAUUUGCAAAUAUAGGUAAAACAAUAAUUAAAUGAAUUAGGUGUCAUAUUUUUUGUAUUUGGCCAAAGUAAGGACAAAAUACGAUUGCAUUCAUCAAAAAAGAAUGGUAAAGGGAAGAUGUUAAAUGCCAAGUUUCAUCAAAGUGUGACAACGACACACCAUUUGACACGUCCUCUAAUGUGUAUUUUUCUUCGCUUUUGAUUGCCAAAAGGAAUCUCAAUCAGCUUAAACUUUUUUGCUUAAUCGCUUAUACAGAUAAGACUGGUGGUUGUACCCAUUUCGCGCACAAUUCUCAGUGAUUUCGUAUGUGAUAUGCUCGAUCACAAUUCUCAUGUACAGUUGCCGAAGUAAUCACUGACCGAAAUACAAGUUUCCGACUUAGGGAUUGUUUCGAUUAUCGUUUUUGAAAGUGAUUACUCUAUUGAAAAUUCGGAAUUACAUAAUCAACCUUGACAAAACAUGGUGUUGGAGACAGAUAAUCACUUUUGAUAGUGCGAUGUGUUUGGGAAAUUGAUAUCGUUUAAGGAAUAGAUAAAAUUGGGUCAACUGACAGGUGCAACUUUAGUAUUAGUGAUCAAGUGUAGGUAAAUGGGGUCAGAAGGGCCUCCAGCAGUAACGUUCCAUGUGACAGGGUUUAAGAAAUUUCAUGGAGUUUCAGACAAUCCAACUGAGAAAAUUGUUAAUAAUUUGAACGAGUAUAUGAAGAAGAAUGGAUUGCCAAAGGGGGUGACUCUUGGUAGUUGCACAAUUCUGGAGACUGCAGGCCAAGGAGCUCUUGUUCCUUUGUAUCAGACAUUACAAUCUGCUGUCAGCAAGGACACUGAACAAUCCAAUUUCUCCAAAGUCAUUCUGUUACAUUUUGGAGUAAAUAGCGGGGCCACAAGGUUUGCUAUUGAGCAUCAAGCUGUAAAUGAAGCUACUUUCCGCUGUCCUGAUGAGAUGGGAUGGAAGCCUCAGAAAGUUCCUAUUAUUCCUGCAGACGGUGGAAUUUCAAAAACACGAAAGACAUGUGUUCCUGUGGAUGAGAUAACAAGAUCGUUGGCAAAGAUGGGUUAUGAUGUGGUGACAUCUGAUGAUGCUGGGAGAUUUGUGUGCAACUAUGUCUACUAUCAUUCCCUUAGGUUUGCAGAGCAAAAUGGGGUUAAAUCCGUCUUUGUACACGUCCCUCUCUUCCAAACAAUCGAACAAGACAUCCAAAUGCAAUUUGCUGCUUCCUUGCUGGAGCUGCUUGCUUCUUUAUGCUAGAAAUCUACCUUCUAUUUGUUGUCUGCUCAAAUCCAAAUCCUUUAAAGGUUUUGUGUUUUAUUUUAAUAAUCAGUUAUGUUUGUGUUAAAUUUGCAUCAACUGCAUUUGCUCCCACUUUUCUUAUGUUUCACAACUUGUGAAUAUUAAUCAAGCCAAGCCAAGCCAUUGUCUCCUUGUGUUGCUGUGAAUCUGUAUCUGUAUAUCAUCUGCAUUUGCUCCCACUUUUCUAAUGUUUGGGUUUUUGGGUUUUGAUCCCUUUACAGUUCCCAGGGUUGGGUUUUCUUUUGUUGGAUGUUGUUAUCAAGUGUUGAAGUAGACCAACAUAAAGCCAGUAAGACAUUACUUGAUGAAUGAUCCUUUCUUUUUUGGGUUUGUUAUGUUAAAUCUAGUCAAUAAUAAUGAUAAAUAUUUUUAAUAUAAUACAAUAUUAAAUAUAUAGUAUGUAUUUGUAUUAAGAAUUGAAAAUUUAAAGGGU